CCCAGCUAUCCCAUCAUACAUCGCUGUAAAUUUGAAAAAAGUGAUGCCUGUGGUUUGUUUCGCUGCGCCUGACAAUUAUACUUAGGAUUACGAUCAGUUUUACAGUUAUUGCUGAUAUAAGAUUUCAUGUUUAACAGUGUUUAAUGAACCACAAAACAAAAGAUGAUUGAUGAUACUAUUGUAGAAGAGAUGCUGGAAGAUAUUCAAGAAGAUGAGGCUAAAGAGAACAAGUCAACAAAAUGCUUUAAUAAAGAGAAAGCAUUUAAUACACCUUCAACAUCAAUUUUGAAGCCAAAGUUUGCGAGAAGAAGCUUAGGGAUGUUCACCACUCCCACUGCCUACUAUCAAGAUCUGCUAACAGAUUUUGGAUCUGUCUAUGGGUCUAAAACAUCUGCUGUAUUUAGAACACCAUGCAAAACAUCUGAUAACUGUUCCAUUAAAUCACAAAAUAAGUGUAAAAGAAUCAAAAGUAUCUAUGAAGAAAGUAAAAUGUUUGAUCACUGUGAUAUGUCAGUAACUAUUUUGCAUUCUGAAAGUGAAAGCUGUAGGAGUGGAAAUGAUUUGCCUACAGAUACCAAAGGUGAUGACCCUGCCAAAAGCAUUGAUUUUCAGGAAUCUAUGUUCCCAUUAUUUGUAGUACCAGAGGAACCAGAAGCCUUAGAAAUUACCACAAUUUCUGAGGAUUAUAUUGAGGAUAGGCCUACUUGUUCAUUGAGUUCUAACAUUAAAGAGAAUACAAGGCUACAAGAAUGUGAUAACAUUUGUCAUGAGACUCAUACAGAUCAUGAUUUGGAGAGUAAAGAACAUUGUAAAUCACUAAAUAUUAAUAAUGCAGGUAUCAGGUCUCCACAAUUUCUCAAGCCACAUGAUGAUUGCAAACAAGAUAAUGGUGUAAAUGAGAAAGCCAUUGAGCAUAUUCCAUCAAUUGAACAUAAUACACAAAGUACUUUUGAAAUUGUCCACCCUAAGGAAACAAUAACUGAUUAUAGCAAAAACACAGGAAAAUGUCUUGAGAGGAAUUUUGAAUCUGGAAAUUGUGGUGAAAGUACAGGAAAUUCACAAAUAUCAAAAUUUCCUGAGACGGAGAAUAUUGGUGUCUCCAUAGAUAUGGUAGAAGGAUUUUCUGUCAUUCCACAAAAUGUUGAUGAAAUUCUUGAAAAGGACACUGAAAAUAUGGGGCAUAAAUCUGCAAAAGGCACAUCAGAGGAACCAGCUAGUGUGCCAAAUGUCAGCAGUGUGGUGAUGACAGACUCCAGCCAAGCUUCUAAUUUUUUGAAGGCAAAAAAUGAAGAUUCGCAAAAUACUGAAGACAGUGGUGUUCAUAAUCUUUCUAGUAGCAUUGGUGUCUUGAAUAAAUUAGAACUUGAAAAUAAGGAUGAUGUCAAGAGGAAUUUUGAAUCUGAACACAGUAUUGAAAGUAAAGGAAAUUCACACAUUCCAGAAUUUCCAGAGACUGAAAAUAUUGUCUCCAUAGGUAUGGUGAAAGGAAUUACUGUCAUUCCACAAAAUUUUGUUGACCGUCUUGAAAAGGACACUGGCAGUAUGGAGCAUAAUUUUACCAAAGGCACAAUAGAAGAACCAGCUAGUGUCCCAAAUGUCAGCACUGUGGUGAUGACAGACUCUAGCCAAUCUUCUGAUUUUUUGGAGACAAAAAAUGAAGAUUCGCAAAAUACUGAAGACAGUGGGGUUAGUCUUUCUAGUAGCAUUGGUCUCUUGGAUAAAUUAGAACCUGAUAAUAAGGAUGGUCUUGAGAGGAAUUUUGAAUCUGAAAAUUAUAUUGAAAGUUCAGAAAAUUCACACAUACCAGAAUUUCCAGAGACUGAAAAUGUUGUCUCCAUAGGAAUGGUGAAAGGAAUUUCUGUCAUUCCACAAAAUGUUGUUGACAUUCUUGAAAACGACAAUGGCAGUAUGGAGCAUAAAUCUACAAAAGGCACAACAGAUAAUGUACCCAAUGUCAGCAGUGUGGUAAUGACAGACUCUACCCAAGCUUCUAAUUUUGUAGAUACAAAAAAUGAAGAUUCACAAAAUACUGAAGACGGUGUUUUUAGUCUUUCUAGCAUUGGUGUCUUUGAUAAAUUUUAUAAUAAAGGUGGACUUAGUGAUGAAGUUCUGCCUUGUUGUCUUUCAGAAAAAGACAUACAGAAAAUUGAUGAAAGAAGACCAAUGCCAACAGAUGAACAUCUUUCAGAAGUAGACUCUGUAAAUGACCGUAUUGUUGAAAAUUUUUCUCCAGAGAAAUCAAUUGAACUUGAAUGUAGUAAGGUAACAGAUAACCUACAUUAUGAUCAAAAUAAACAUUUUAUGUGCAUUGUGAACAAAGAAAAGUUCAAUGUUGAUUCCUCUGAAAAUUGCUCAAGUGGUACUGAAAUUACUGUUCAUUUGCAACAAUUGAAUGACAAGGCAGAUGUUAAGAAUGAUGUUGACGGAUAUAGCAAAAGUGAUGAUUAUGUUGCUAAAUGUAGCGAAAGUAAAAACAUUGUUGAAUUUGAAGCACCAGUAUGUCCAAGUACAGGUCAAUAUACAGGUACAUUUGAGAGUCUUGAUAGUGAAACAGCAAGGCAAAAUAUUUUAUCAUCUUGGAAUACAACUCAAAGUAUAUAUGAAGGUACAAAUAUUGAACAGGGUACAAUAAUCUUAGAGGACACAGAGUUUCAUUUAUUUAAUGAAAAUACAGAGAAAAGAAAGAAGAAAAAUGGUAAUAGAAAGGGAAGGCGAAAAUCAGUGAGACUUCAAUUAAAGGAAAUGUCUUCACUCUCAGGAGGUAACUGUAUUCAGAGAGAUUUGGCAAGCCCAAUGUUGCAACAGUACACAGAAGUUGAUUCUUAUUCAACAUGCAUGGAGAAGCCAGUUGACUUGAAUGACAAAAAUGAGCAAGUGCUGCAAAAGAAGAAAAGGGGUCGUCCUAGAAAAAUUAAAAGAGGCUUGACAGAACCUGCCACUACCUCACCUGCUUCUAAUAAAUUUAAAAGAACAUGUACAUCUUCAAGCGCUUUCAGUCCUAAAGAGAAUGAAACCUCUUCUAAUACAGUUAAUACAUUUCAAGAGCUUUCUACAUCUCCAAACCUCUUCAGUCCUAAAGAAACUGAAAGUUUUCCUGAUAUUGGUUGUUCUUCAGUCAAUACAUUCAGUCCUAAAGAUGCUAAAGGCUCAUCUGAUGCAGUUAGUAGUUUUCAAAAAUCAUGUACUUCUUCACACAUCUUUAUCCCGAAUGAGAAUAAAACAGUUGAUAAUUCACGCGAUGUUGAUAUUUUAUGUGAAUUCAAUGGAUUAGAUGACUUGAACAUUUUUAAGGAAGUGACUGAAACGAGCACUAAAGGUGAAACAAAGGGAAAAAAAGCCAGUCCAGUGAUGCACUAUUGUACAGAAGUUGGUUCUUCAUCAACAUGCAUGGAGAAGCCAGUUGACUUAAAUGACAAAAAUGAACAAGUGCUGCAGAAGAAGAAAAGGGGUCGUCCUAGAAAAAUUAAAAGGGGCUUGACAGAACCUGCCACUACCUCACCUGCUUCUAAUAAAUUAAAAAAAUCUUGUACAUCUCCGAGCAUUGUCAGUCCAAGGGAGACUGAAACCUCUUCUGAUACAGUUAAUACAUUUCAAGAACCUUUUUCUACAUCUCCAAACCGCUUCAGUUCUAAAGAAACUGAAAGCUCUUCUGAUACUGGUUGUACUUCAGUCAGUACGUUUAGUCCUAAAUAUGCUAAAGGCUCUUCUGAUGCAGAUAGUAGUUUUCAAAAACAAUGUACUUCUUCACACGUCUCCAUCCCGAAAGAGACUAAAACUGUUGAUUAUUCUCUAGAUGCUGAUUAUUUCUGUGAGUUAAAUGGAUUAGACGACUUGGACAUUUUCAAGGAAGUGCCUGAAACAAACACUAAAAGAGGAACAAAGAAAAGAAGGGCAAAGAAACUCUUAGUAGAUGAACAAAAAAAAUCAAGGAGGCGUUCUGCACGUUUGGCUGGCAUUCCUGUACAAGAUAACCCUCUUGUAAUUGAACAAGCUACAGAGAAACAUACAGAUUCUUGCUAUUCAUCAGAAGGUUUGAAAGAUUUUGGCAACAUUAGAGAAAAAAACUCAAAAAGUGUUAAAGAAGAGGAAACUCUAUGUCAUGCAGUUUCACAGAGAAAAUUCAGAAAGAUCAAGAGAACAAGUUUUGGAAAACCUUUAUUAUUAAUGAAUACUUAUGAAACUAUUUUGGAACCAACAGAUGAAGCAUGUGAUGAGGAGUCAUUGCAAACUGUGGAAGAGGAAGUUGAAAAAACUGACAAUGGUAGAUUGAACAUGUUUGUUGAUGUCUGUGAAUACACAGUUCCUAGUGAAAUUAAAUCUGAUAAUGAAACAGCCCCAGUGUUUACUGAUGUAGAUGUGCCAAACGUAUUAGAAUCUGAAAUUGGUAAAUUUGAAGAAUCAUCUUCUACAACAGCUUCUACUACUGCCACUGAUCCACCUGAUGUGGAUGUCCGGGUUCAUUCUGAACUUGAUUUACCUUGCAAUCCCGAAGAAGGCCCGCCUGUAAAGCGUCUGUCUUCCAGACGUAAAAGACCGGUUAUUUCAAAAAAUGUACCUAAAAAGAAGAAAAAAACUCUAGAAAUACCACAACCAAUGUCAACUGCAGAAGUUCAACAACUGUAUUUGAACCGUGGUCGGUGUCCUAAAGUAACCAAACCUAAUCUUUUAGAGACAAUUUUUGAAGUAUCUCAAAACGAAAAUGGUAUAAAAAUUGGGGGGAAAAAAUUAAACCGCAGAAUGACCUUCCAGUGCCCCUGGUUACCAAGAAAACGAAGUAAGAAAAAUAAAGGGAAAAGGCUGAUUGGUAAAAAUAAGAAGUACAAGGUAUCGGACCAGGUCCUUAUGGAUAGGCUGGAUAGUGUACUGAGUGACUUAGAUGUGUAUGAAACACUUUUACUGUAGUUAAAACAAAAAUCCAAAUCUUAGAGUUACAGUGUAUUUAUACAGUACAAGCUAAUUAUUUGACAUACAGUACUGUUUUCAAAAUCUGCUGGUGGCUUGAUUUUUCAAACAUGGUGAGGUUUAAAUAUAUAUUGUAUUUAUAUUGUAUAACAUGGACCAUGCAAUGCUUACAAGCAAGUAUUUAAAACAUGUUCGCUUUCUUUCUUCCACCAAUCUUCUGAUGCUUUAGUAGGUAGCUCUACUGUAUAGUAAUGAAAAGACAUCAUGAUAUUUCGGAUCACUCAGACUACAGUAUCCAAGUAUACUAUUUAUAUUUUGAAUUUGCUGUACCUAUAUUAUAGAAUAUUUUACUACAGUUAUGUAUACAGUUGAACUUGCCUAAGUCAAAUAAAAAAUGCCAUUGAAAAAUUGUUUGACUUUAAAUAGAUUGUUAAUUAAUGAAAAACCCAACAAUUUGGCAUGUAAAAUAAGUUUGACUUUUUUUUGAAAAUUAUUAUUAUUUAUUAUUGAAAAUUAUUUGAGGUACUGUAGGGAAAGUCGACUUAGGAAAGUUUAACUGUAUUAACACAAAUUUUCAUCUUGAUUAGCUGUGCAUUGUGUUUUAAUAUUUCAAUUCUACUGUACAGUAUAUGAUUGUGUUACACUGGUCUCUUCCCAACCCAAUUUUAGAUUGACUAGUACAGUACUAAUAGUUGAGUUGAGUUAGCAGUUGUUUUUAAAUAAAUGUUUUUUUGGUUUUUUUUAAUGUUAACUACUGUAUAUAUUUUUUUGGACCUUAUAUCAAUAUUAGCUAUCCGUGGGGGAAGUGCUGCAGUUUUGUAAUUACUAUACUGUGUUAUAUGACUCUGAGACUGCAGUGUAUUUUGCAUAAAGCUAUCCAGAUUUGGUGUCUAGAAAACUCAGAUCUAGAAUCCUCAGAUCUGAGUUUUCUAGUUUUAGAAAACUUGGGUAUUUAAAUUGUUAUACCAUUAUUUUCAGAGGGAAGUUUGAACUAAAACAGCAAAUUACUGUAUAAGUAAAAAGGGUUAAACAACACCUAAAAUGUUUCCAGGGGCUUCCCUGGCCCAAUCCAGUUACGGUAUUACAUUCUAUCUAGUAAAUCUGAAGAUUCUUUAAUUUGAACAAAAGAAAAUUUCACCAUAAUCAUGGCAUAAUGUACUCUUAGGUGAUGUGGGUUUGUGUGGUCCAUUGCUUUAACUGAUUAAUUUGUUUAUUUUGAAUCUCCUUGCUUUCGGGUGGUCUGAGUUUUCUAGACAAAUCCAGAUUAUCAAGUUUUCUUUGACAGGGUACCCAAGUCACGCGAGUCUCCUGAAAAUUGGGGCAGUCUCCCGCAAGCAAGCAAAUUUCUCACGGAAACUAACCCAUCUUCCCGCAAAUUAAAUAAAUUUGCAUGUUUUGUACUUUAUUACCCCUUUCUUUCAAUAAUUGUCUCACGGAAGUCAGUGUGGAUGCGCAGCAAAACAAAAUUAACCAGAUCUUACGGAAGUAAAUUCUUCCAACUUGGGACUCCUGUUUUUGUCAAAUAAAAUUUGAUAGUCUGGACAGGGCUUUAGGAGAAAAAAAAAAGACACUUGCAAACAUAUUUUGAAUACAAUACAAAAAUAUUCAAUGAACUUUUCAUCUUAACAUUUAUAUGUGUAUACAAGUACAGUAAACCCUCGAAAAUAUAGUAGUACUCGUCAUUUUUAAGUAGGUAUUCAAUAGGUUGUACGUUAAUGUUAAGAUAUUAUUCAUUUAUACCUUUUAUGGUAACAUGCUAAUCAGCACAAUUCUGGUUUUUUUUUUUUUUUUAACAAUAAAUCAAAAUGUAGAAGCAAGAAAAUUAAUGCUUGGACUUAUAUUUUAAGUUUCUUUUUCUGCAACUACAGUAGUAAAAUACAGAUCACCCUCCAAUUUGAGUCCCUUUAAUUCCUCACCACUUUUUCAAAGUACCAACAAUCCAAAUCUUCUAUCACAAAGGAUAGAAGAAAAGGAUCUGUUCUAAUCUAUUCUGUAUAUAAAUGAAUCUAAUAAUUAGCCUACCACUGUUGCUAGAUUGCAGACACAAUAGUUAAUGACACUGCAUGUAGAAACAUGGCAAAUACCAAACAAAUGAAAAUGAAACCUGCGUUGCAAAAUGUCUCUGUUUUGAAAUGUCUGGUUUUGACAUGUAACCAUCACAGUCAUGGGAGAUUUCUUCUCAAGUACUACGGAACUUCCGUAGUUAGGCCUAUUUUAAAUACUGUAGGUCUAUAAGUCAAGAACAAAUGACUUUUCCAUCAGGAUCUUUGGUUACAUUGUCCCUAGAAAACUCAUACUUUAUUGGAUUACUAAUAAAUUACUAAGAAAAAGUGGCUCAAAAAUCUUAACCCUGUUCCGUUUGUUUGAAAUUCCACAAAUGAUUAUAACUCCAUGCUUAUAUCAUUAGGAGGUCCGGAAGAUAAAUUGUUCAUUUACUACGGAAAUCUGA